AUGAUCUCCCGGCGAAAACACGAUAAGUCGGGACACGGCUAUGUGGACCCUUCACUUGAACUCAACCUCGGGUUGUGGUCACUCUUCGCUGGCGCCUCAGUCUUCCUUGCCCUUAGGACAUGGAUCAAAGUCACUCGUCGUCAUGGCCUGUGGUGGGACGACUACAUCCUCCUUGUCGCCUGGGUCAUACUAGCUGCAAACAACGCCUUGAUCACUGUCGAAUUCGCAACUGGCUAUGUUACCGACACAUGGGAUGACCGCAUGCACAUACUCAUCAACGUCACUUCUUGCGGCACCCUCGUCAACCAGGCUCUUACCAAAACCGCCUUUGCCGUCACUCUGCUCAAGCUGACAAAGAACUGGGGCAAAUGGAUUCUCUGGUACUGCAUUGUCUCGAUGAACCUGUACAUGGCAGCCAAGGUGUUCCUGCAAUGGGCCAAGGUUUGUAACAAGUCUUCGUAUGAUGUGUGGUACCGCCUGCCCUUUUGCAUCGACUGGCAUUUCAGAGACAAUUUCAAGGAGGGUGGUAAUAUCUACAACAUCAUCAUGGACUUUGUCCUCGCCGUCUUCCCCUGGGCUAUCACCUGGAAACUCGACAUGCGGAAAGUGGAAAAGAUCGGUCUCUGUAUUGCAAUGAGCUUGGGUAUGAUCGUCGCUGUCAUAUCAGCUGUCCGCACCGGCUGGAAAGACGACGGCAACGAGAAAGAUGAAUGGUACUUUUGGCGCAACGCCCACUCCAACAUUUGGUACUCUUCCGAGAUUGUCGGCACCAUCAUCGUCCAAUGCAUACCCGUUCUCCGGCCUCUCCUCAGGGACUUCAAAACCUCUCUCACGUCGAAGAAACUGGCCUCCAUUAAAGAAGGAGGAAAUACCACCAGGUGCAGCAGAAUACCCUCCAUGUUCGGUUUCGGCUUUGGUCCCGGCCCAACCAUCGGCACAGGAAAGUCAACACACAACACGCUCAUCUACUCCGACGCCCGCAGCACCGUCAACGACUCCAAAAGCGAAGGCUGCUCAGAUUCUUGGGACUCACAAGGCAUCUACCAGAAGCGCGAGUUUGAAAUGACAACCAUGGAAGUCAAGGCGCACAACACCACCAACAACAACAAGAGUGGCGACAAUAUCGUAUAA